CAAAAAAAUUCAGGCUAAUUCCUUUCGUCAAGAUCCCAGCCUGGAGCUCGAACGAACAUCCAACAGGCAACAGCCUUGAUAAAUUCAGCCAUCACAUUUACUCCCCUUCAUUAAUUUAUUCUUCCUCCGGCGAUAUAUAUUGCUAUUGUCGCUAUCCUCGUAGCUGUUCUCCUCCGCAGACCUCACUAUUAUCUAAUAUCUUUAUUCUGCUUACCAAAACAACCCAAUCCACGCAGCUGCGUCGAAGGAGACCCUUCUUUUCCUCCCCUGCUCUCUUCUCCCCCACUCUCUCCCCUUUUCAUCAGAUUCUGCAUCCACACUUCAUGGGAAGAACUAAUCUCGAAGCUCAGAUCCGUCUCCUUCCUGAAUCUAAGGUCAUGGAAGGGGAGGAAUUCGAUGAGUCAAAUCUAAGCUCAAUCCCCAAAUUGCCUUUUCCCAGCACCAGACCGAACAGCAUGGUUGUUAAGAAAGUGUGUCCUAGAGAGUUCAUCCCGCCCCACAUCGUCGCGGAAGCCAUGUCAACACUUCACGGACUCGACCUCAGGUGGUCGGGCCCGAUCACGCCCACUGAGAUGCAAUACGUCGAACAGUAUGUGCUCGCCAAGUACCCCCAAUAUUCCCACGGCCUCAUCGAAGAGAGCGACAAAACCGAUCUGUAUUCCAUCUACUGCACCGACUCCAGCGACGCCAGCUCCGGCGGCCGGCGCGGUCUUCCCUCCCCCGACGAUCGCCGUCGAUCUCCACUCGGUUCUCGUGACCCCUCCCCUUCCCCUUCCCUCGGCGGCAGCCACCCCGAUCUCAACCGCACGCAACUCGAACCUUCUCGCCUCCUCGACAUCCUCACAAAAAAAUCAUCCUUUCCCGGAAGCUUCAUCUCCAUCCCCGAGAUCCAAGCUCGCAACCGCGUUCUGCAGCACUGCGGCCUCACUGAUGAUGACUACCUCGUCCUGUUCAUGCCGGGUCAUAAGGACGCCAUGAUGCUCGUCGGCGAGAGCUAUCCCUUCUUCAAAUACAACUACUACAUGACGGUGAUCGAAGAAGAAAUCGACUGCAUUCGAGAGUUCGCCAGUUACAAGGACUCAAAGGUGAUUCCUGCGCCGUCCGAUUGGCUUGAUCUCCGGAUCAAGGGAUCCCAACUAAGCCAAUACUUUCGGAGAAAAAGCAAGUACAGCCCAAAGGGUUUGUUUGCUUACCCAGCCGAGGUGAAGGCGACGCGCUACUCCAUGCAUUGGGUCUCUGAAGCUCACCGCAACUCAUGGCACGUUCUGCUCGACGCCAGUGCGAUUGAGGUUGGACAGGACAGGCUUAGCCUUGCCCUGCAUCGACCGGAUUUUGUUCUUUGUAUGCUUGAUAACACACACGCUAAUCCUUCCAAGAUAACUUGCCUUUUGGUGAGGAGGAAGUCCUUUGAUACAGGUUCUUCGCCAUGAUUAGAGAUCUCUUAGCCUUAAACUGCGCGCAUGGGAACUUUUUCAGUCGCUUCAUGUGUGUAAUUGGGUUUUAUAUUUUGCAUGCAAAUUAAUCUGAAGGUUGUUUGGUAUAUAGUGUUAGAUCUUUUUAUUAGUAUCUAGCUGUUGAUUUAACUUCGGUUUAGGUGGUUGCAGUUCCUAAGAAAAGGUGAUGAGAAUCCGA